GGAACCACCCAGAACCUGACCAAUUCAAUCCGGUCUGAGCGGUUCCUAGUUCAGGUGGUUCCCGCUGCACACCCCUGGUCUUGCUCCUUCUCGUUUCUGUUCCAACUUAUUGGUCUCGAAAUUCCAGCCCAAGCCCAUUCAGUUAGCUGGAUUCUCGAAUAUUUUUUAGGCCCGAAGCGUAGAAAAUCUCAGCAGUCUGCUCGAAUUGCAGUAAAAUGGCUGAAUAGGGAAGGCGAACAACCGAGGUUUCGAUCGGAUGCGAUCGAAUCGCCAGGAGAAAAUGGCGUUUAGGGUUUUGAAGUGAUUCGAGGGCAAAAAAUGGCAGUGACGCAGCUCCUGAAGGACAAGAAAUUCUGGUUCGCCUCCUUCCUCAUCGCCUGGGCCGCUGCUCUCCAGGGGCAUAUGAUGUGGGUGCAGAAGCAGGAUUCCUUCAAGCAAAAAUUCGGGAACGCUGACGGGAGCGAUGUCGAUGUCGAUGUCGAUGCCGGGGACUGAAUCUCGAGAUUUCAAUCCAAAGAAGGGCUUGAUCAUCAGUUGCUUGCGAUUUGUGAAGUGGAGGAGCAAUUCCCUAACCAAUGCCUGUGUUGAUGUAAGCUCCGAAGUUCCUGCUGCUGCUGUCUUGUGCUCUAUGGCUUUGUCGGGAGAUUCCCAUUCAACAUUUACAGUCGAAAGCCUAUGAAUUGUGGUCCGAUUCUCGA